UUCCCCUAGUUGAUUGAAACAAAAGCAAGCAAGCCAGUGAGGGAGCAGAACACUGUAAAACCCUAAACCCUUAACAAUGGCGAUCACGGCACUCUCCGAGCCUCCCCAAAUCCACAGAUUCCGACAAUCCAAGUACAUAGACUCUGUCCGCUGGCUGCCUCCUCUCUCAGCCUUAGACCGCUUGGCCGUCAUCGCAGUUUUCGAUUCAGAUUCCGACUCUGCCGCCAUAGAAACCCACUCUUUUGCUCCAGACCCAGAAAAUCUAACCCAACAAUCUCAAUGGUUCUCGCCCUCACGAAUUUCCUCCCUCAAAACCUCUCAAUCCCACCACAAACCCUUAGUGGCCUCCGCAACAUUGGCGGGCUCCAUUCACAUCUUGUUUGGGGAUUCCAUGGACCCGGCAUCUCUCGAAUCGGAGCUUUCGAUGCCCGAAAAGGCAUUGCAUGAGGGACCCAUUUCUUGUGUGGAUAUAAUGGAUGGUGGGGUGGAGUGUGUGAGUGUAGGGGAAGAUGGGAGGGUGAAUUUGGUCUCUGUCGGGGAGUCUGAGUUGAGCUACCAACGGAUUUUCGAUAGCAGCGGUUUGGUGUCGUUUACCACGGCGAAAUGGGCCUCCCCGAGUGAGUUUGCCACUGGAGGAUAUGGAUUUAGUCUCCAGUGGUGGGAUCAGAGAAAGCCUGGUGCGGCGGUGUCUCAGUUUAAGGGUAGCUGGUCUCAAAGAACAACUCCUGGGAUCGUACAUUCCAUUGAUAUUCAUCCUUCACGAAAGCACACUUGUCUGGCAGGAGGUUCCUUAGGUACUGUAUUUGCCUGGGAUCUUAGGUGGCCACAACAACCAAUUCUUCUUUCUGGUGUUGGGGCAGGUGAAACAACCCAUUCACCAUGCGAAAGUGAGGUUUGGGAGGUUCACUUUGACCACUAUGCAAAGUCUUCAAAUGUGGGAAAUGUCUCUUCACGUAUCUUACCUACUAUGAUCUGUUCAGAAGACGGUAUCCUUGCUGUUGUUGAACAGGGUGAAGAACCCGUUGAGCUCUUAGCUGAACCUUGCGCAAUCAACAGCUUUGACAUAGACCGGCAAUAUCCUUCCGAUGUGAUAUGUAGUUUGGAGUGGGAAUCCAUAGCCAUCUUGACAAGGUCAUGAUAAUUCAAAGCCAUCUUGUUCAGAGCUCAAUUUCGAAUCGAAACUCACCUAUUUACUGAAGCUGUUAAUUGAGAAAUAGAACGGGGCCAAACCACUUGGUGCUGAAGUUGUAAUUCAUGCCCGAAAAUGAUGUACGGACCUAUUUCCUGAUAAGUUUUGAUGCUUUAACAUGCAUGAACCAGACUCUAGGACUAAGGGCUACAAAAUUAUUCCAAGCAGCAUCUGUUGUAAAAACCGAUCAUUGAACCGUGUACACAAAUGAUAAAAGAGGGGCUGCCAACAAUUAAAUCAUCCUUUCACAUU